AUGAACAUUCCUAUGGACGUUGAACACGACUUUAAAUGGGAAGUAACACAACCAAGAAAACAAAAGACAUGUGAAUACUUAUCUCCUAUAAAAAGAAAUAGAAUAGAUUUGGAUUGCACAGAAAUUAUUAAAUAUCUGCCUACAAUCAACUCUAAUGAUGUAAAUAAUAAAAAAAUACAAAAAGAAAGACAAACUAGUAUUUUUAAAAAGCUUACAAAUAUUAAUUUUGGUUUAUGCUAUAAAUAUAUUUUUUACCUCACAGAUAUAUUUCUUUCACUCUUACUUAUGUAUUUAUUAAUUCAAUUAUUUUUCUUUUUACAGAAAGAUAUUAUGCACAAAAUAAAUGUAAAGAAAUUUGAAUUGCAAAAGCUGACUGAAACAGCACGUAAAAAUUUUAAAAUAAAUAAAUGUAAUAAAUCUACUAGGGUUCCAGCACUCGAAAAAAUAUGCAGUGAGUGGGAAUGUAUUAUAAAUACUGGAAGUAUAAAAUAUACAAGUGUGUUAUUUGAAGUAUUGGGUGAUGUUUGCAAUGGUUUUAUAGAUAGAAUUUCCUGGAAAAGUUUGGGUGUUUUAAGUUUUUUUUUGAUUAUAUAUUUAAAAUUUAGAAGGAAGUAG